AUGGGCAAAAGUGAUAUUUUCAAAGAUCAAGAAAGGAGGCGAGGCAGACCCGCAGGAAAGAACAGAGUACCACUAUCUGUUGAAGAAAGGCGGGCGCGAAAUGCCCAAUACGAAAGAGAGAGGCGAGUGGAAACCUCCGAGGCGAUGGCGCAGCUAGCACAGGCUUUGGGCUGUGAAGAUACGAUAUCCAAUGCUGAUAUUUUGGCAACGGCAGUGCAAGAGCUGCAGAGGGCUGCUGGUAGAGACCCAUCUGAUGACAUUAUGGAAUUAAGACGUUGUAAUGCUAAAUUAAUGCAACAGAUCGAAGAUAUAGAAAAACGUCUUACAACUUGGGAAGAGCGCGCCGAAGUGAGAUCAAAGAAAAGUGGUGGCAUUAAGAAAAAGGAUAAGAUAAAGAAUAAGAAAGUAGCAAACGCAAUAUCUAUUUCUGAAGAAAUUAAACAAGAAGCGACCGAGGCUGAACAUCCCAUUGCUAAUGAGCCAUCACCGACUGAAGCAUCUGCCUGUAACGAUAGUCAAAUUAUAAAAUCUGAGCCCAUGCAAUUGACUGAAGCCGAACCAUUUCAAUUGGAUAGCAUUGCCGCUGAGUGUCCCGUGAAUGAUUGGGGUAUUGACGAUCUCAUAGCUGAAUAUUUAUAGGUCAAUACCGAUUCCCGAUUACAAUGAAGUGCAAUACCGACCAUUCCAGUGCAAUAUAACGAAAUUCCGAGUACCCUAACAUUUGAGCAAAACUAUCGCACUGAACAAUGUGUAUCUAUUGUUUGUAAGGAUACUUUUGUUUUUAACUUUGUAAUACCAUACUAUUGUCUUAGGUAUACAUAUAGUGCAAUAAACGAUUGA